CAUGGAUACGUUUCGUGGUGACUGUCAAAAAGUGCAAGACAAAUAAAUUUCAAUCGGUAAAAGUGAAUGCUUCCCGUUUAUUUCGGACAAAAGAAAUCUGUUAGUGAACGUGCAGACGAAAUGGCCAAGGUAUUGCAGCGUGUGGAAAUCACGCUGCGUAGCUUCUAUGUAUUCAAUUCCAAUCUAAGCCAGAAAGAGGGAGAGGAGCACAAGAAAAUUCUGUUUUAUCAUCCAAAUGAUAUUGAACUAAAUACAAAAAUUAAAGAUGUGGGUCUUAGCGAAGCCAUCAUUACAUUCACGGGAACGUUUACCAGCGAGGAUGAUUGUAAGGCUUUGCAUACGCAAAAGACAACCCAACUUUUCUAUCAGCCAGAACCAGGCUUCUGGCUUGUGAUGGUGCUCAAUGUCCCCAAGGAGGUGAAGCUCAAGGAAGGCGUCGAGGUGGCUGAUUAUAGAGGGGGCGAAGUUUCAGAUAGGAUAUAUCAAGCUGUCUUAAGGCAAUGCUAUCAUAUGUAUCGCUUUCAUCAUGGUCCACUCCAAACGAAGCUAACAUCCAGCCCAGGCAGCGAGGAGGCAGAGGAGCAACGCCAACAGUUGGCGGCAGAGCUGAAAAAAUUCUAUGGUCGCUAUUUGGCUACACUCAAGGAUCUGGCUCAGUGUGAUAUCAUGGAUAUGCUGCACUCCAUUCAGUACCUUGCUCUAGACAAAAGUCUCUUUUUGCGCGCUCAUAACUUUAGCAUGCUAUGCGAUACCUUCACAGCGGUCAAAGAGUGCGUGAUGUUCUACAACGACCAAGUUGUCUGUGGAGGCAAAUUGGCUGCCAGCGACUUGUAUAGCUUGCAUGCGUAUGUCCUGGGAACAGCUUCAGCAUCUGGAUCUGAGGAUGCCUUUCGUUCGGGUGCAUUUGUACUCGAAGGAGGAAAGCCAAUCGCAACUGAAGUCUACUUGGAUUUAGAUAAGCAAAUUAGGCCGCAUUGUUUGCUCAUAUAUCGCGCAUUGAAUGUUACGCUUUGUCUUUUUGUGGAUGGUAAACAAAUGUUCUAUAAUUACUUCAAUAUUUAUCUAAAUGUAAAUUUCUUUAUAGCGGUUCCUACGCAGGAGUUCUAUGAAGAGCUGAACGCCUAUUUGGGUCCACAGCUCAGCUGCCUGGCUAAGGACAUUGCCACCGCCUCGAAGCUGAAUGCGAGUGCAUCUGCAACGACUGCGGCUAACCAUGACGAUGGAUCUGCCAAAUAUUUGUUUAUCAACGAGCAAAGCCUCAAGCAUCAUACUAAUAUCCAUCGAAAUGCAAAGAGCAUACCACGGAAUGUAAUGAGUAUCAUUGCAGAUCUUGCUAAUCCCAUACAAGAAAUUGCUGCCGCCGAGGAGCUGCAGGUGAAGACAACGAAUGACUAUUGGAUUGUGAAGCGUCGUUGCAAUUGGCGACAAUAUUAUGUGAUCCUCAGCAAAAGUAAGGCAACAACGCUGCUCGAUGUGACACAGGAGGCAAAGCGUAUAUUUGAACAGGAGCUCACAGAUGAUGUAUUUUUUGACAAAUAAAAAGUAAUAACAGAUAAAU